GGGGUCCCCAGCCUCGGAGCCCGGGACCCAGGAAUGGGCCUGCGGUAGGGGCGGAGAGAACCUGUUUGGUUCCGCCCCUGCGCCUGCCCGCCUCCUUUUUAAGCGCCUCCUGCCCAGCCUGGACUCCCGCUCUCUCCAACGCGCUCCCUCCUUCCCCGCCUUCCUUAUCUCCCCGACUCGCAAGGUUCCUGUGGCCAUCCCGCAGCCUCCGCCCAGGUGCCAUGGCUGCUGUGUACCGCCCCGGCCUGCGGCUUAGCUGGCAUGGGCUGAGCCCUUGGUGUUGGUCAUCAUGCCGCACCAUCCAGACCUUGCGUGUGCUCAGUGGAGAUAUGGGCCAGCUGCCUGCUAGAGUUCGAGACUUUGUGGAGCACAGUGCCCGCCUGUGCCAACCAGAGAGCAUCCACAUCUGUGAUGGGACUGAGGCUGAGAAUACUGCUACCCUAAACCUGCUGGAACAGCAGGGCCUCAUCCGAAAGCUUUCCAAGUACAGUAACUGCUGGCUGGCCCGCACAGACCCCAAGGAUGUGGCACGAGUAGAGAGCAAGACGGUGAUUGUAACUCCUUCUCAGCGGGACACGGUGCCCCUCCCAACUGGUGGGGCCCGUGGGCAGCUGGGCAACUGGAUGUCCCCAGCUGAGUUCCAGCAAGCUGUCGAUGAGAGGUUUCCGGGCUGCAUGCAGGGCCGCACCAUGUACGUGCUUCCAUUCAGCAUGGGUCCCGUGGGUUCCCCACUGUCCCGCAUUGGGGUGCAGCUCACUGACUCAGCCUAUGUGGUGGCAAGCAUGCGUAUUAUGACCCGGCUGGGGACACCCGUGCUUCAGGCCCUAGGAGAUGGAGACUUUGUCAAGUGUCUGCACUCUGUGGGUCAGCCCCUGACUGCACAAGGGGAGCCGGUGAGCCAGUGGCCAUGCAACCCAGAGAAAACCCUGAUUGGUCAUGUGCCUGACCAGCGGGAGAUCGUCUCCUUCGGCAGCGGCUAUGGUGGCAACUCCUUGCUGGGCAAGAAGUGCUUUGCCCUGCGCAUCGCCUCUCGCCUGGCCAGGGAUGAGGGCUGGCUGGCGGAGCACAUGCUGAUCCUAGGCAUCACCAACCCUGCAGGGAAGAAGCGAUACGUGGCAGCUGCCUUCCCCAGUGCCUGUGGCAAGACAAAUCUGGCCAUGAUGCGGCCCUCACUGCCAGGCUGGAAAGUAGAGUGUGUGGGAGAUGACAUUGCCUGGAUGAGGUUUGACAGUGAAGGUCGACUCCGGGCCAUCAACCCUGAGAAUGGUUUCUUCGGGGUGGCCCCUGGCACCUCUGCCACCACCAAUCCCAAUGCCAUGGCCACAAUCCAGAGUAACACUCUUUUCACCAAUGUGGCUGAGACCAGUGAUGGCGGUGUGUACUGGGAGGGCAUUGACCAGCCUCUUCCACCUGGUGUCACUGUGACCUCCUGGCUUGGCAAACCCUGGAAACCUGGUGACAAGGAACCCUGUGCACAUCCCAACUCUCGCUUUUGUGCCCCAGCUCGCCAGUGCCCUAUCAUGGACCCAGCCUGGGAGGCCCCAGAGGGCGUUCCCAUUGAUGCCAUCAUCUUUGGAGGCCGCAGACCCAAAGGGGUACCCCUGGUAUAUGAGGCCUUCAACUGGCGUCAUGGGGUAUUCGUGGGUAGCGCCAUGCGCUCUGAAUCCACUGCAGCAGCUGAACACAAAGGGAAGAUCAUCAUGCAUGAUCCAUUUGCCAUGCGGCCCUUUUUUGGCUACAACUUUGGGCGCUACCUGGAACACUGGCUGAGUAUGGAGGAGCACAAGGGGGCCAGGCUACCCCGCAUCUUCCACGUCAACUGGUUCCGACGUGAUGAGUCAGGUCACUUCCUAUGGCCAGGCUUUGGUGACAAUGCUCGGGUUCUAGACUGGAUCUGCCGGCGAUUAGAAGGGGAGGACAGUGCCCAAGAGACACCCAUCGGGCUGGUGCCAAAAGAAGGAGCUCUGGAUCUCAGAGGCCUUGGAGCCAUAGACACCACUCAGCUGUUCUCACUUCCCAAGGACUUCUGGGAACAGGAGGUUCGUGACAUUCGGACCUAUCUGACAGAGCAAGUCAAUGAGGAUCUGCCCAAGGAAGUGUUGGCUGAGCUGGAAGCCCUGGAGGGACGUGUGCGUAGAAUGUGACCUGAGGCCCCAGACUGGCAAGACAGCCCAGCACCAACAUCUGGGAAUAGGGAGCCCCAGGCUUGCAGAAAAUAUGAGUAGUUUGGUGUUAACUAACACCUGAGACCAGGCCCCAGACCUUCCCUAUACACUGUCCAAUAAUAAGAAAUGCUCAUUUAUUUUAUA